AUCUAUUUAUAACCUCCUUAUCGUCAAACAAACAGAGCGCAACAGCGGUGUAGACAGAAGAGGAGGCUCACUGCUUUCAUUUUCUUACAGAAGAGGCGAGGAAGUGAUUUGAAGUCGAGGUCUGUGCUACUUAAGUUCGCCAGCGGUGGGUUUUGAUUUUUAACCGGCAGCUGAUGGAGUUUUCUGACCACAUCAAGACCGCCAAUGUGGAGGAUGUUGUGCUCCGACAGCCCCUACACCCGCCGAGCAGGGGCACCCUGUGCAUCACCGGCCACCACCUGCUCUUCUCGGACAGGGGGGAGGGCAGCUCCCGGCAGGUUUUACUGCUCCUCAGGAACAUCGAUGCCAUUGAGAAAAGUGUGGAAAACCUUUUGGGCUAUUCCGCCCUCUUCUCUAAUGCAGGCCGCAGUGAAAGGAUAUCUGGAUCCUCAGGAACGAUUACCAUCAAGUGCAAAGAUCUGCGUGUGCUACAGCUUGACAUCCCAGGCAUGGAGCAGUGUCUCAAUAUUGCACGCUCUAUCGAGACUCUGUCCUGUCUGGACUGUGUGUCGGAGAUGUAUCCUUUCUUUUACAGACCUACUGAUCUCAGCCUGGAGGACCAGUGGGGUCUCUCAUCCCCUGAAAAGCUCUACAGUCAAGUGACAGAGCUCCAUGAUAGGUGGAGAUUGAGCACUGUGAACAGAGAACACUCAGUGUGUCCCACCUACCCCUCAGCUGUCAUCGUUCCCAAGGACAUAAAUGAUGACAUGUUGGUAAAAGCAGCCAAAUUCAGACAGGGGGGGCGUUUCCCCGUGCUCUGCUACUACCACAGGAAGAAUGGCAUGGUAAUCAUGCGCAGCAGUCAGCCGCUGACGGGGGCCAAUAGGAAGCGCUGCAGGGAAGAUGAGCUCCUCCUCGAGGCUGUGAUUGACGGCUCUGACAAAGGUUACAUUAUUGACACCCGCUCCAGUCAGCAGGCUCAGCAGGUCCGGAUGACAGGUGGAGGGUUUGAGUCCAAAUCGUGCUACAGCCGCUGGAAGAGACUACACAGACAGGUGGAAAGAGGUAAAGCUCUCCAGGAGAGUCUAAUUAAGCUGGUGGAGGCCUGUGGUGACGAGUCCCAUAAUAUGGACCGUUGGCUCAGUAAGCUCGAGAAUUCAAAGUGGCUGUCUCGCGUCCAAACUGCUCUGUCAACUGCUGGCCUGCUGGCAGAGUGUGUGGAGAGGGACGGUCAUUCGGUUCUGGUUCAUGGUUCUGAAGGGACAGAUUCCACUUUGCUCAUCAGCACUGUGGCUCAGCUCAUCAUGGACCCAUGCUGCCGCACACUGGAGGGGUUCCUGGCUCUGCUGGAGAGGGAGUGGGUACAGGCAGGACACCCGUUCCAGCAGCGAUGUGCCCACUCAGCCCACUCCCACGCUCGUCUCCAGCAGGAGUCCCCGGUCUUCCUGCUGCUGCUGGACUGUGUGUGGCAACUGUGGCGUCAGUUCCCUCUGGCUCUGGGCUUCUCCGAGGCGCUGCUCCUGAGGCUGGCGACUGAGGCCUACGCCUCCAACUACGGCACCUUCCUCUGUAACAGCGACCAGGAGAGGUGCUCUCUAGGAGUGAAGGAGAAGACUCACUGUUUGUUCCAGGCCCUGCUGAGGCCCGAGGAGAGAGAGCGUUACUCCAACCCCCUGUAUGAGCGCACUGAGCUGGCAAUCUGGCCCUCAGUCCACCCUCAGUCCCUGCAGCUCUGGAGAGGCUAUUUUCUGAGGUGGACUCAACAGGCUCGUCACCUGGAGGAGGCUCAGGAGGAAAUAAGAAACAUGGUCAUUGCGUGGGGGAGGCUGGCACUCAACUGAUAAAACCGUCCAACAUGUAUGAGUAUGUGAAGAUGAUCAGUCUGAACAUGUUGAACAUGUUUUAAUGAGGAACUUUAAAAUGUGCAAUGCCUUUGACUCUGGGAAUGUUUUCAGAAUCCUUAAUAACCUGCAGUGAUUUA